AUGCCAGUCCGAACCUUCCAAGCCCCCACCUCUUUGAACGGCACCCUCGCCAAAGACCCCGAAACCGUGAACGCUGUCAACGGCACCAACGGUUCCAACGGCACCAACGGGUCCGCCAUGUCCGACGCCGGCAGCGAGAACCAGCGUUCGGCCCAGGCCGCCAAGGACGCCACCAAUGACUUCCCCAAAGCUGAUCAGAACCCGCUCGGCACCGCGAGAAACCCAAACUCCAAGCCCGGCAUCACCUUCGCUGCCCAGGACAACCUGCCGAAGCUCCCCAUCCCGGAGCUUGAGUCGUCAUGCAACAAGUACCUUACUGCGCUCGAGCCUUUGCAGUCACCAAAAGAACACCAAGAGACCCGCGCCGCCAUACGCGACUUCUUGCAGAGUGACGGCCCAGAGCUCCAGGAGAAGCUGAAGAAGUAUGCCGCCGGCAAGUCAAACUACAUCGAGCAGUUCUGGUAUGACUCCUACCUGAACUUCGACAACCCCGUCGUCCUGAACUUGAACCCCUUCUUCCUACUGGAGGAUGAUCCGACGCCGGCCAGAAACAACCAGGUCACCCGCGCCGCCUCUCUGGUUGUGUCGGCCUUGUCUUUCGUGCGCGCUGUUCGGAAAGAGGAACUCCCCCCCGACACGGUGCGUGGCCAGCCACUUUGCAUGUACCAGUACUCUAGACUGUUCGGAACCGCCAGGAUACCCACGGAAAACGGCUGCCAGAUCGGCCAGGACCCGAGCGCAAAACAUGUUGUUGUGCUGUGCCAUGGCCAGUUCUACUGGUUCGACGUCCUGGACGACAAUUCCGACCUGAUCAUGACGGAGAAGGACAUCUCCCAGAAUCUCGAGGCAAUCGUCGAGGAUGCUGCACAGAUACCCAUUCAGGAUGCCGCAAAAGGAGCCCUCGGUGUCCUCAGCACAGAGAACAGGAAGAUCUGGUCUGGCCUCAGAGACGUCCUCCACAGAGACGAAGGAUCAAACAACUCGGACUGUCUGAACAUCGUCGACUCGGCCUUGUUCAUCCUCUGUCUGGAUUACACUGCGCCUACUACCGGUGCAGACCUUUGCAUGAACAUGCUGUGUGGUACUAGCAAGAUCGAGCGUGGCGUGCAAGUCGGCACUUGCACCAACAGAUGGUACGACAAGCUUCAGAUCAUCGUCUGCAAGAACGGCAGUGCCGGCAUCAACUUCGAGCAUACCGGUGUCGAUGGCCACACCGUCCUCCGCUUCGCUAGUGAUGUCUUUACCGACACCAUUCUUCGCUUUGCACGAACUAUCAACGGCCAAGCGCCCAGUCUGUGGGCUUCGAGCAGCCCUGACCCCUCGAAGCGCGACCCCGCAAGCUUUGGCGACGUCAGCACCACACCCCACAAGCUCGAGUGGGACAUGGUGCCCGAGCUGAGCACUGCCUUGCGCUUUGCUGAAACAAGGCUGGCCGAUCUCAUCCAGCAGAACGAGUUCCAGACGCUCGAGUUCAUGCACUACGGCAAGCACUUCAUGACGUCCAUGGGCUUCUCUCCCGACGCAUUUGUCCAGAUGGCAUUCCAAGCCGCAUACUACGGGCUCUACGGACGCAUGGAGUGUGUUUACGAGCCUGCCAUGACCAAAAUGUUCUUCCACGGACGAACGGAAGCCAUCAGGCCGGUAACCCCCGAGUCGGUCGAGUUCGUGCAGACUUUCUGGAACGACAACCCGGCGGCGGACAAGGUCGAGGCUCUGAGGCGAGCAUGUGAAAAGCAUACCGCCAUCACCAGGGAGUGCGCAAAGGCCCAAGGCCAAGACAGACACCUGUACGCACUUUACUGCAUUUGGCAGCGCCAGCUCGACGAGGAUGGUUCCUUUACCGACUACACAGACUCUCUUCGUGACUCGAGCGGCAGCCCGAUGGACUCUGAACAAGUUGUCGGCAGCCCGGGUCGUGAUUCGAUCCUUUCGGAAGGAGUCUCCAUCUCAACAGGGCCGGUCGGUCCGCCAGUCGAGCACAGGAUGCCAUCGCUCUUUGCCGACGCCGGCUGGGACCGUCUGAACACGACCAUCCUGUCGACGUCGAACUGUGGCAACCCAUCACUACGCCAGUUUGGUUUCGGACCUACGUCUGGUGACGGCUUCGGCAUAGGAUACAUCAUCAAAGACGGAACCAUCUCCAUCUGCGCCAGCUCCAAACACAGGCAGACUGCGCGCUUCAUCGACGCGAUAGAAGCAUACUUCCUCGAGAUUCGCAAACUCCUCCGCCAGACGCGGCGCCGUGGCGCAUCGGUGCAGAAGGGCGCCAGCCGCGCCCGUGAGGCCGAGGAGCACCACGAACAAUUGACGGCCAACCGCGCAAAGAACCGCGGCCGCAAGAUUAUCGGAGAGCCAAGCAGCAUAAAAGCCAGUGCCAACACGCCCACCACAGACAGCAUGGUGGGAGAAAGCGACGACGAAGGUCUUGGCGGAUGUGCGUCCCCCUCCUCCUCCUCCUUUUCCUCUUCCAAGUCUCACCCCCGUUCCUCCCCCGUUCUCUCCACUUCCACAAACACCUCUCCAUCCCCUUCUUCCUCCAAAACCCCUCCUUCCCCUCGCUCUACCUGCACCUGUAGCGAAGGGGGUGAAGGGAGCGAGGAGAAUGAUGUCGCCGCUGCCGUGAGGGAGCGCUCGUGCUCCUUCCACGACGGCCUGCCUACGCCACCACAUUCCCCGUUCCAAAGCCCGUUGAAGAAGGAGAUUGAAAGUUCGCCGCGUGUGUCGCUGCCGCCGGGCGUGCUCAAGCGGCCAGUAGCUGUCGUCAAGCGACGGCAGCACCCGCACUUUUGCACGUUGAAGUCUAGAACUUUAGACGUUUAG